GCGACUUUAUAAAUUUGAGAUGACGUCAUUUGAUUAGAUAGGGAGUGAAUCUAGAGAAGGGUCAACUAGCACUCAGUACAGGGGGUAUUAAUCUUCCAGCAACUGUCAUAUGCUUCUUUCAUAUUAAUCAUUAUUUGACAAGAAGUUGGUUACAGCGAUACAGAUUGGUGUAAUCGGAACUACAACGACGCUAUAUUCUCAGAGUGGAUCACUUGAUGCACAAUUGCUAACCAGACACCUUUAGCUUACUCUGGGGAUACACGCAAUAAGUAAAUUUUGGAAAUAUAUAAUGCAAGCUCCGAACACAAAUAUCGUUGAACCAAGACCAGUGGAUGAACGCGCGCCGCCACCAGCGCACGGCGACCACAGAGAGGUUCCCGAGGGACACCACCAUCAGCAACGCCAUGGUGAUGUACACAAAGGAGCUGGGUAUUACCAAGUUCCGGCGCACGGAGCACCUGGCGAACACGCUCACGGGCAUCAACAAGUAUACCAGGGGAACGACGGACAUUAUUAUGUGAAUGGAACAGCUGAAGAGAUGGAUACGCAACUUGCGAUGAACGGAGCGAAAGGAAGCAGUUUCAGCGUUAAGGACAUUCUAGACUUACCAGCUAAUAAAGACCCAAACUGCAGCCCAGUUUCAGAACAUAUAUCAGUGCCAUCUAGCGGAAUGCCUAUUUCAGAGGUCCCGGAUGUAGCUCCAAUGACCAACUAUUACGACAGCGAUAAUCCAUACACAAGGUGGCUACAAAAUCAAGAAAAUAUGCAAUAUCCAAUUCCCGGUCAUAUGUCUGCACAGCAAGCACAUAGCAAUGAUAACAACAACAGAGUAGCGCCUGACAUAGAGGCACACACUGGCGUCCACCAAGUGAAACUCGAGCGGGAAAGUGAUCAUAGCGGUGACGAAGACGAGGGCUCCGACUGCCCACCAAGCCCAACAGAAAGUAAAGACAGUGUUAAUACCGAUAAAGCAGACUCUAAAACAGACGGUAGUACAUCGGGAGAUCAGCCAGCCAAAAAGGGCAGAAAACGCAGGGUUUUAUUUACCAAAGCGCAAACAUAUGAACUAGAACGCCGAUUUAGGCAGCAACGAUAUCUAUCCGCUCCUGAGCGGGAACAUUUAGCAAGUAUUAUCAGGCUGUCCCCCGUCCAGGUGAAAAUUUGGUUUCAGAACCAUAGGUAUAAAAUGAAGCGGGCACGACAGGAGAAAGGUUUAGAUAUGAACCCAUUACCAUCCCCAAGAAGAGUAGCUGUACCAGUGUUGGUGAGAGACGGUAAACCCUGCCAACCAAGUAGUAUGAACAUGAACAUGAAUGGUAGCAUGAUGAAAGGACAAGAACUGAGUAUGCAGGGCAUGGGAAUGAACCCUAUGAACUCUACGAUACCUCGCAUGAAUGACAUGAACUCUCUCAACAGCAUGGCCGGCAUGACUGGUCUGCCGAAUAGUAUAGGCUCAAGCAACAUGAAUACGUCAUACAUGAACAAUUCUUACAACAUGCCUAGCACAAUGAGCUCAAUGAAUUCAGGCAUGAACUCCAUGAAUUCAGCAAUGGGUAUGAACUCUAUGUCAGGUAUGAACAAUAUGUCGGGACUCUCUUCUUAUAACCAUCUAAUGCAGCCCCAAACAAGAUGGUGGUAAAACACAUGGUAGCCAUAGCAACCUACGGUAACUAUGGCAACCGUUACUAAGGAAACUUCUACACUUGACUUUGCCUACGAACACAUCACACCGUAACGUACUCCUGAUUCUCUAUACCUCUGGUUCUGAGCUACAUUUUCUCCUAGCAGGAGGCCUGCGAUGAUGAUAAUCUCACUACAUGUUUAUAAUUACAAUGAAAUAGUAAAAAUGUCAAAUCCAACUUUAUGUAACCGAUCAUUGGAUUAUUUCAAAAUCUGUUAUAUUCUGCAAAUGUGUCCAAUGAUAGGUUUCAGGAUUUGCAGAUUCUACAUUCUCACUUGCAGUCAAAACAUGUUGUGAUGCUAGUUGUAGGCAUAGUUGCUCAAGUAUGAAGGUUCAACGCCAAAGUGACGCCAUAUUAAUUUAUUCAGCUACUGUCAUGGUAACUACUCAUUGAUACAUGUGUUAAAUAAUGUGUAAAUAAUAUGUAUGUAUAAAGCCUAGUUAUAAAACAAACCGCCAUAAUUCAAGAAUUAAAAUAUGAUUCUCAAAAAUCAAAAUUAAAAUCAUUCCAUGACAAUGAGAUGCAGUACAACUACAACGAUUUAUGUUCACAAGUAUUUAAACACAUAUUGAUUCCAAUAUUUGGGCAUAAUUCUUGAUUAUGCAUAAUUAUUUUAACAUGUAUAUGUAUAUAUAUGUAUGAGGAUCGAUCAUUUUAUUUUUGAGAUGUGUAGUAUACAUGUACAUUCCAACCAAAUGCACAUAUCAUUGUACAUUCCGAAAUGAUGUUUGUCUGUUUGUAUGUUUUAUUAAUACAUAGAUAUAAGUAAUUGUACUAAAGCGUUUAUGUGGUCUUAAUUUUGAAAUGUAAUUUAAAAGAAACGAUCUCAGACAUGGGACAAUUCGAACUUCUCAGAAUUCCUUACCACCUGUAGGAAGAAUAACCAGACAUAUUUCCAAUACAUCUUUGUCAGUCAAAAAUUAAAUCAUCCAUCAUUUAUAGACAAAGACAUAGUGUCAAUUGUUCAGCUUUCUUGUUGUCCCUAAGAAUUGACAUAGCCUGCUAAACACACCAAACUUUGAGUAAGUCAAUUUUUGGAACAACAAAAACGCAUUUUGGCAAAAUUUGUUGCUGUCAUAAAAGCUGGGUAUUUUGUUAGGUAAAUAUGUUAAGUAAACGAAAACGUAAAUCAAUUUUGUAUUUUGACAUUGUCAAUGUUUGCUUGUAUCAGUGAUUGUCAUCAAAAAUCAGGUUUGAUCUAGCGAGCUGAAAGGUGUGUACAGCAUGAUGAUGUUGCUCUAUGCAGUGAUUUUUCAUUACUUUGACAUGAGUUUAUUUCAUAAUUAGCAGAAGAGCGUCUCCGAGAAUGGAAAAGCGUCUCCCUAAUGAGUAAAGAGAAGACUUAUCGUGUUUAAGAGCUAUAUGUUAAUAUUAAGUUAGCAUUUAAUAGAUUUAUGUAUGUCAUUCUAAGUGCAACCAAUCAGAAGGCCAUUAUAACAAACGUGCAAGAUUUACCUUAGAAAAAAAUAUACGACAAUAAAAGACUUUG